GUUAAGCAGUUAAUAUAUUAUGUACAUGGUACUAUUCUAUAGAUAUUGGUACAUAGUUAUUUUAGAAUUUAAAAAAUGACCAACAAAAAUUUAGUUUUAACUACUACAAAUUUACCAAUGUAUUCCAUUCAAACAUUUUUUAAAAGUUACAUAAUUGUAGCUGGUGGAGGUGGUUCUAGUAAAACAGGAAUUACUAAUGGAUUUGAAAUUUAUAAAAUAAGUAAAUCUGGUAAAUCUGUUACCAUGACAAAAGUUAUUAAUCAAGAUAGUGGUCCACAUGUCAUUAUGAACAGUUACACAUUCACUCAUGGUAACAGUGUAUAUAUUGCUGCCAAUGAAAAUGAAAAAUGCCGCCAAUAUCUAGCUCAAGUAAUUAUAGAACCAACAUUUAAUAAUGGAAAAGCUUCUAAAGAGCUAAAAUUUAAAAUUAGUACUGAAUCUUCUUUAGUAACUGAUUUUCAUGAUGAAGAAUCAUUACAAAGAAUAGUUAAAGUCAAUUUAACAGGAAAUUUGAUGGUUACGGGUGGUGCUGAUGGUUGUAUUCGUCUUUGGGAAUUUCCAUUAAAAGAAACAAGUGAUAUGAAACCUUUAAAAGAGUACAAAGGUCAUACAAAAGAAAUAGAUGAUAUUGAUAUAAGUGCUAAUAGUAUGUUCAUAGUGAGUGUUGCAAAAGAUGGAAAUGCAUUCCAUUGGAAUACAAGCAAUAAUGCAAAAACUAGUCUUGUUCACCCAAAUAAUAUAAAGCAAACAUUUAAAAGGUGUAAAUUUGGAAUUAUAAAUAAGCAAUUGUUUAACAUUUAUACUAUAGCUAAUAGAGCUAAUCAAAAAUCAUAUCUCCAAAGAUGGUCUAAUGAAAAUAAACUUCUUUAUGAAUUUCAAUAUUCUGAACCAACAUCAGCUCUAGCAGUGCGUGAAGAUGGAUUUUACAUUGCAGUAGGUACAAUGUUUUCAGGUACAGUGAGCAUCCAUGAAGCACAUAACCUAAAGUUGAUUUAUAAUGUAAAACAAGCACAUGCUAUGUUUGUUACCGGAUUAGAAUUUUUAAGCAAGGACUUAAUGCCAGAAAUGAAUGCAUCAGUAUUGUCAAUUUCUGUAGACAAUCGUAUUUGUUUGCAUAAUGUGCCAAUUAAACCAUUAAAACCCUUUUGGAAAAUGUUACUAAUAAUGCAUUUUAUAUUGCUUGUAAUUUAUAUAAUUAUAUUUAACUUAGGCAUAAAUUAAAAUAUGUUUAUUUAUAUGUAUAUUUUUUCUUAAUGUAAUUAUUUUUUUUAUAAUUGAUAUAUGUCAGAUAAAGUAAGUAUUUUUGGUAUCA